AUGGGAAUUGCAAGACAGACCCAGAACAUUAACCCCAAACAUUUUACAGCAGAGGUACAGAAAAACGUGGCAAUAUUUGACGAUUUUAUCUCUUCAAACAACACCAACGAUGAUUUCGAUGAAAUAACAGCAACUUUGGGAGAUGUGGAUGCUUACAUCGAGCAUCAGCAGAAGAUGAAGUCAGAGCGAGGAGGAAAACGAGGAGGUCGAGGUGGUAAAGGUGGUAAAGGUGGUAAAGGUGGUAAAGGUGGAGACGGUGGCGAUCAGGGAGGCGAGGGAGGACCAGGAGGCCGAGGAGGAGGCGAAGGUGGAAAACGUGGUGGCAGGGGAGGAGAAGCUGGCAGUCGAGGAGGUGGCGAAGCUGGUGGAAGAGGCGGCGGUGAAGGUGGAAGAGGCGGACGGGGAGGUGGUGAAUCUGGUGGAAGAGGAGGCGGAGAAGGAGGAAGAGGAGGUCGGGGAGGCGGCGAAGGAGGCAAACGUGGAGGUGGUAGAGGUGGGGGAGAGGCUGGCCAAGGAGAGGGUGGAAAACGAGGUGGUGGUGGAAGAGGCGGCGGUGAAGGUGGAAGAGGCGGACGAGGUGGCGGCAAACAAGGCGGCGGUGGACCCGGAGAAGCCGAAUUGCGGCACCGAGACAAUGUUGGUCCACCUGUUGAUGAAAUAGACAGACUAAAAAGGGAGGCUCACAGACUGGACCAGGGAGGUGAACUACAUGAGGGACCCAGAGGAGACGGAGAGGGACCAAGAGGAGAUGGCACGAAGAAAGGGAAGAGAGGGAAGGGCGGCCGAGGAGGGAAAGGAGGGAAAGGAGGUAGGGGAGGCAAAGCCGAGGCUAGUCUGAAAGGAGUGCUCAUCAUGCUGGCUGGAACUUUCUGUAUGAGCGGUUCGAUAAUGACAAUGAAACUGGCCUCUAAGGUAGCACCCAUAGUUCAAGUAAGGUUCCUCCGUUCUCUUAUCUGUCUCGUCCUAGCCGCAGUUUACGCUAAAUCAUUUAAAGGAAUGUCCCUGAAACUAUCAGAGAUAGAGAAUAAGAAGAGUCUUUUGAUGAGAGUUGGAAUGACUGUGUUCCAAACAUUCGCUCAGCUUUACGUAGCUAGGAAACUACCCCUAGGACUAACAGCAGCUCUGAUGGGUAUGUCUCCGGUCACACAGUCUGUUCUAAACUGGCUUAUCUUGAAGACAACCAUGGACAUGAAGCAGUGGACCUGUAUUAUAACGAGCGUUAUCGGAGUAUUCCUUAUCUCUCAGCCUGACUUCCUGUUUGGUAGCGGAGAUAUCAACCAGUUCGAAGAGUUUGACAAGGAGAGGUACAUCGCUAUCGGACUUGCGAUAACAAUGAACGUGCUAAGAGCCCUGACCAUGAUCCUGAACAGAAAGAUGAUGAUGGAGGGAGAGGGCAGACUACACUUCUCUCAGUUCACUUUCUACAACAAUAUCGUAGCCACUGUCCUCUGCAUAGCAUUGCUCCCAUUCAAAGGAAAUGUUGGGUAUAAAAUCAUGGAAUUACCCGGAUGGGACGCUUUAGGUCUGAUCACACUAGGCGCCCUCAUGUUCUUUGGAAGGCCCCUCCUGAUGGAAGUAGGACAAGGAUCAAGACUUCCCGCCAGUAUGAUUACUAUCCUGAGAACGUCAAGUAUUGUCUGGGCCUUCACCUUCCAGCUGGUCCUAUUCGGAGAGAUCCCGUCCUACAUGGAGACGGCUGGUAUUUCUAUUAUUGUAGGCUGUGCUUCCAUGAUGUUCCAGCUGACUGGAAAUGAGUAGAUCUGGCACUUUGCCAACAAGGACUGAGUUUAUUAUUUGGUAAAUUGUACAAUUGAAAGGACUGAAGGAGCCUGCUGCAUUCUUCUGGGAGCCUUCGGGUGAUAACGCUGUAGAAAUAUUUAUAUGUUGUUUUAUUUAUUUCGUUGUAUUUAUAUCACCUGUCAAUUGUUAUUGUAUGUAUUGUUAUUUGUACAUUUGAUCUGAUUUCUGAAUAUACUGUUAUUUUACUAUGUUAAACGUUAACAUCAUCCCAGCAUUCCAGUUUAUUCGAAUAGAAGGUUUUCUAACUUACCAAUCUGUCACAAAGUAUAUAACACAUUACCUCCAAUCUCACACAGGUCGCAAUGGGGCUGAAGAAGAGAAGGGCAGUAAUCUGGGACAGACCUUAGGAGUUGGAGCAGCUGCAGCUAUAGGACUGGCAGCCUCAGCUUAUUACGCUCUCUACAUGUGAACUUAACGUGAAGUGAGAUCACUUGAUCACCUCAUAAGGUCCGGGAAAUGACACUGAUUAUUUAUUCAUAAUGGUCAUUUCUCUCAGGGAUUUAACGUUAUUUGUUAAUAAGGUAUUUUUUAUAAUUAUGCCACUUUGGCUGGGCCCAGCUUUUUAUGAUUGUGAAGAAUUUCGUGUUGAUGGUAUUUAUUAAUAAAAUGG